ACUAAGUUGAAUAAGUGUUUUUCCAUUCAUGCGCCAACUUGUACACCAGAUAUUAAAAAGAAAAAGAAAAGGAAAAAAAGAAGAAAGAAGCCUACGGGAAAAAAAAAAAUUGAUAACUCACAGUACCGCUGUGUAUCUAAACACAGAAGAUCCAAACCCAGCCUUCCCUCCAUUUUAGAGCAACUGGAUAACACAACACACAUAACUCAGCAAAAAAAAAAAAAAAACAAUUCAAAACUCAAUCUUCAAUGAACCUCUUAAACUGCAAAUUCAACAACACUCUCCUCACCAAUCAUCUUCCUCCACGUCAUACCUCGCUCUACAACCCUCGUGCAACUCGGUUCUCCGUCCGCUUCUCAUCCGAGUCAACUCACAGAGUCAAACUCGCCGAGUCACUCCAAUCCGAGACCCUGAAGCUUCUAGAAUGGCCCGCCGUCUGUCGCCAGCUCUCCGCCUUCACUUCCACAUCCAUGGGCUUCGCUGCCGCACAAUCUGCUGUGAUUCCGGUGGGUAAAACUCCUGAAGAGAGCGGGAAACUCCUCUCUCAGACCUCCGCCGCCGUGGCAGUUCCUCGGCCGUUGGAUUUCUCCGGAAUUGAGGAUGUUUCCCCUAUUGUUAAUGCUUCCAUUGCCGGCGGAGUACUCUCAAUUCGUGAGCUUUGCUCUGUGAAACGGACCUUGGGAGCGGCGAGGCUUUUGCUCCAACAGUUGGAGGAAAUUGCUUCGCUGAGUGAUUUUUCUGACAGGUACUCUCCUCUGAAGGAAAUUCUUCACAAUUGUGAUUUUCUUGUGGAAUUGGAGCAAAAAAUAGAAUUCUGUAUUGAUUGCAGCUUUUCAGCAAUCCUUGACAGAGCUAGUGAAGAUUUGGAAAUUAUAAGGUCUGAGAGAAAACGGAACAUGGGAAAUCUAGAAUCAUUGUUGAAGCAAUUAUCAACUCAAGUUUUUCAGGGUGGGGGAUUUGACAGACCUUUAGUAACCAAGCGCCGUUCAAGACUGUGUGUUGCUGUCAGAGCUUCCCAUAGAUCUUUGCUUCCUAAUGCCGUAAUCCUAGAUACGAGCAGUAGUGGAUCUACAUAUUUCAUGGAACCUAAAGAGGCAGUUGAGUUGAACAACAUGGAAGUUAAGCUUUCUAGUUCUGAGAGGAUUGAGGAGCAAACAAUUUUGAGUUUGCUUACAUCGGAAAUAGCUGAAUCUAAUAUGAAAAUAAAACACUUAUUAGAUAGAAUAUUGGAAAUUGAUCUUGCAUUUGCAAGAGCUGCUCAUGCUCAAUGGAUAGGUGGUGCCUGUCCAGCUUUAAGUUCAAGAAAUUGUAACAAUUCCCAAUCUGAACUUUUAUCUAUAGAUGUAGAAGGGAUACGGCAUCCAUUGCUUCUUGAGUCCUCUUUGAGAAACUUGUCCACUGAUGUGUUCCCAAGGUCGCCUGAUUUGGAUCAGGGAAAUGGUGUCAUGAAUUUUGAAACAAAAUCUAGUGCACAUUUCCCUGUGCCCAUCGAUAUUAAAGUUGGUCAUGGAACAAAGGUUGUUGUCAUCUCGGGCCCUAAUACUGGAGGGAAAACGGCUUCAAUGAAGACUCUAGGACUGGCUUCUAUGAUGUUGAAAGCCGGUAUGUAUUUGCCUGCCCAAAAUCAACCACGGCUUCCAUGGUUUGAUCUCAUUCUGGCAGACAUAGGAGACCAGCAGUCUCUGGAACAAAGUCUGUCAACCUUUAGUGGGCACAUUUCACGGCUUCGUGAGAUUCUGGAAGUCGCUUCUAGAGAAUCUUUAGUUCUUAUUGAUGAAAUCGGAAGUGGGACCGAUCCUUCAGAAGGUGUAGCACUUUCAGAAAGCAUUCUGCAAUAUCUCAAGGACAGGGUUAAUUUAGCUGUUAUAACUACCCACUAUGCAGAUUUAACUCGCUUAAAAGAAAAGGACAAUCGGUUUGAAACUGCAGCAACAGAGUUUUCCUUGGAGACUCUACAGCCUACCUAUCGGAUUCUUUGGGGAAGCAAGGGAGAAUCGAAUGCCUUAAAUAUUGCAAAAUCAAUGGGCUUUGAUGAAAGAAUAAUUGACCGAGCAGUAUUAUGGGUGAACAAAUUGACACCGGACAAGCAGCAGGAGCAGAAGGGAUUACUUUAUCGUUCACUAAUUGAAGAAAGUGACAGACUAGAAUAUCAAGCAAUGGAAGCUGCUUCUCUUCAUUCAGAUAUUAUGAACAUUUAUAAUGAGGUAUAUUCUGAAGCUUUUCCUGAAUUCAUACUCCCAUUCAUAUAAGUGGGGUACAAACUCAACGAA